UGUCACUACACACAUUUCCGGCAGCAUUUGCGUCUCCCGCUUUGCAAGAGAACGACUUAACCUGCGACAGUGAAUAACGAUGGCUUCCACUACGGUAUUUGGCGAGUGCAGUCUGCCAGCGAACGUCCAGCCCUAUUCGUCAUCCCUUUCGGUCCCGAACUGUGAAUCUUUUGCGCGUUGUACUUACAAUCCAUUCUUUUUACUCUUUACUGCCUCGGCGUUCCGCUGCCUGUGUGUUCCUGGUAGUGUGCCAACAUAUGUAACUGCCAACAACGUGACUUGUACCGAAAUCAGGGGAACACCGUGUCAGACUAAUUAUGACUGCAACUCAAGGACAACGGAUUGUCUGGGCAUCAGUAUGGCCAACCCAACAUUCUUUGGAAAUUCUGGCACCCAAACACCAUUCUCAUCGGAUUCGUUGACAUUGUUGGCUCCCCUGGUAUCAGUUAUAUGUAGCUUCAACGACAGGAACAUAGUGGAUGUAACCAAGUUAUAUUUCUGUUUUGGAGCAACCUCAUCCACGUUGGGCCAAUGUGCUGAACUAGGUGGUACCAUUCCACCGGUGACAAAUAUCAAUUACGAAGAUAUUGUCUUCCCACAGGCACUUCAGAGGGAUCUCUGGAGAAGUCUGUUAAUUCCAAGGUACCCCGGGGUGACAUUCAACCCGAAUGAUAUUACUACCUACUUUUCAACAUCCACUCUGGACAACAUUGUUCCGGUGUAACGAAAUUGAGGGUCCACGUAACAGAAAGUCCGCCCUCCAUUUUGUAAGGUUAGGGUCACCUUGCGUAGGUGGGUCAAAAUCUAUUUCGAGACUUACCUCAAAUGAAUGGGAGACAUACUCUCUGAAAUGAAAAACUUUUUUGCCAAUAAUUUCUAUCAGAGAGCGUGGUCAUGACAUAGAAAUAGGAGCGUGUGUCUUUCAUCUUGGAAAUGAUGUUCUGUUAAUGAAAUAAUCUGUUAUGUAAUUAAAGUUGCUGUAAUAUUAUUAACUUGGUAUUUAUUCCCCAUUUGCAAUUAAUUUGUACCCGUCACAAUAGAACACACACAUAUGUAUAUAUGUAUAUCGCGUCUAUUAAUAAUGUUUCAUGCCAAUAAGG